AAGCAAUAAGCAUCCUAGUGAAUAUAAGUCACUAAGCCAACCAUAAACACAUCAAAUAAGCCUUUAUAAUUCAAAUAACAAGCCCCGUAAUAUUUUAAUAAUUCAAUAUAAAUUCCUUCCAAUCUUUGCUUUCCUAAGCCGAGAAAUAAUAAGCCGGAUGAAAAAAUUAGUCAGUAAUAUUGGCCUUUUUUUUUGUUGCAUGAGUUUGAUUUUUAUUUUCGUGUACCAUACGUGGCAAUAACGAGGCUUGAAAAAGCUACGCCGCAAUUGCUUGAAAGUUGGAUUUUAUUUAUAUUCAUGCUGUGUUUUAUCCAUAAAAGGAUUGUUUGCAAUAAUUAUUUCUGUAACCUUUCGAAGCAGAAAAUACUUGUACACAGGAUUGUACACCACCGAUUUUCCUGCUGCUUUUUUUUAAUUGGAUGAAAUUUAAAUCUCGAUAUCUCUGUCAUCUUAUAAAUGUCCACAGAGAAAAUUCCUUCACGAAAAAAGAUUUCUUUUUUCUGUCAAAUGGAGGGUUCAACGAUUCCUUCAGAAUAUUUUGCUCGUUGUACAGUUGAGAAAACCCUUUCUGAAUUUCACACAGAUACUGAAUCUGGACUUUCAACAAAGGAAGCUCUUCAUAAGCUAAAAACUUGCGGUUAUAAUGAAUUUGAAGUCGAAGAUGGCGAAUCCGUUAUUAUCAAAUUCUUAAAACAAUUUGUAGAGAACCCACUCAUUUUAUUACUUCUUGGUUCGGCUGCUGUUUCCUUAAUGAUGGGAAACCGGAAUGAUGCUUUUUCCGUGCUUUUAGCGGUAUUAAUUGUUACGACAGUUGGUUUUAUACAGGAGUAUCGAUCAGAGAAAUCUUUAGAAGCACUUAAUAAGCUAGUUCCUCAUUAUUGUCAUCUCAAACGUGAUAAUUCAUGGAUAACUACUUCAGCAACUGUUUUGGUACCAGGCGAUUUGGUUCGUUUUGGUAUUGGAGAUAGGAUUCCCGCCGACGUUCGGAUAACUUCCGCCGAGAGUUUGGAAAUUGAUGAAUCUAAUUUGACUGGCGAGGCCAAACCUCGUUCAAAAAUAACGGAAAGUAUUGAUGUCAAUAAUGGAUAUGAUAAGAUAACAAUACAGGAUCAAAGAAAUAUAGCUUUUAUGGGAACACUUGUCAAAAAUGGACACGGACAGGGUAUAGUUGUUGGUACUGGUUCACAGACGGAAUUUGGUGUUGUAUUUUCCAUGGUUAGGGAGGCCGAAACACCAAAGACACCUUUUCAACUAAGUAUGAAUGAACUUGGGAAAAAACUAUCCUAUCUAUCUGGUGGUAUAAUUAUAGUUAUUGUCAUUAUUGGAAUUAUCCAAGGGCGUGAAUGGCUAGAGAUGUUUACUAUAGGAGUAAGUUUGGCCGUCGCUGCUAUUCCCGAAGGCCUUCCGAUUGUUGUUGCGGUAACUUUGGGGUUGGGAAUUUUAAGAAUGGCAAAAAAAAAUGCUAUUAUAAAGAAAUUGCCAUCUGUCGAAACUCUCGGAUCUGUCAAUGUGAUUUGUGUAGAUAAAACCGGUACACUUACCGAAAAUAUGAUGACCGUCACGAGGAUAUUUACUUUGGAUGAAGAAACCACUUUCGAUUUGGAACAUGGCUUACCUACCAAGACUAGUUCUGCUAUGCGUGAAGUUCUUAAAAUUGGCGGAGUAUGUAAUAAUGCUAGUAUUAACGAAAAUGGAAAGAAAUAUGGACAAGCAACAGACGUUGCUUUGCUUGAUGUUAUAAUAAAAAUGAAUAUGGAAGAUGAGAUAAAGAGUUUUCGUCGUACAUCCGAAAUUCCUUUUAAUUCCGAUCAGAAAUGGAUGUCGGUAUCUGGAAAGUUUGAAGGAUCUCAAGCCGAUACUGUUUACUUCAAGGGGUCCAUUGAAGCAGUUUUAUCAAGAUGUGCUACUUAUUAUGUAUCUGAAACUCAUAAGCCACCGUUGGAUGCUUCUGCAAAGGAAUUAGUGAUGCGUCAUGUCAAUGCAAUGUCUUCUCAUGGUCUUCGAGUUCUUGGUGUUGCAUAUGGACCUGAGCUCACUGAACUUACCUUUGUAGGUUGUGUGGCAAUGUACGAUCCACCAAGGAAAGGAGUUGAAAAUGCCAUUAAACAGUUAAUUAAAGGUGGUGUUAAAGUUGUUAUGAUAACGGGAGAUUCUGAUCAAACUGCGCUUUCCAUAGCAAGGAAACUGGGAAUCCCAGUUAAUCAUUCAUCACGGUUAAGUUGUCUCACUGGAAGUGAAAUUGAAGCAAUGGAUAAAGAACAAUUGAGAAAUGUUAUUAGUAACAUUUCCGUUUUUGCAAGAACAGCACCUAAGCAUAAAAUGGCCAUAGUUCAAGCACUACAAUCAACUGGCGCAAUUGUGGCCAUGACAGGUGAUGGUGUAAAUGACGCACCAGCUUUAAAAAUAGCUGAUAUCGGUAUUUCAAUGGGUAAAAGUGGUACAGACGUUUCCAGAGAAGCUGCCGAUAUAAUAUUGGUAAACGACGAUUUUACAACUAUUUUAGAUGCGGUAAAAGAAGGAAAAUCUAUAUAUUAUAAUAUCCGAAAUUUCUUAACUUUUCAAUUGAGUACCAGUAUUGCAGCGUUGACACUAAUAACAAUGUCCACGAUUUCUGGAUUACAAAAUCCUUUAAAUGCAAUGCAAAUUUUAUGGAUUAAUAUAUUAAUGGAUGGCCCACCCGCACAAUCGCUUGGAGUUGAACCUGUUGAUGAAGGCGUAAUGCGUCAACCACCUAGGAAAAAGAAUGCACCUAUACUUACUACAGCAUUAAUUAUGAGAGUUGUAACUUCAGCAGUUGUUAUGGUUGCUGGUACAUUAUUUAUAUAUGUUAAGGAAAUGCGCGAUGGUAUUGUUACAGCUCGUGAUACUACAAUGACAUUUACUUGUUUUGUUCUAUUUGACAUGUUUAAUGCUUUAAGUUGUCGUUCAGAGAAAAAAUCAAUUUUAGAAUUGGGCUUAUUUUCAAAUACAAUGUUUAAUCUUGCCGUUGUUGGUUCAUUAAUCGGACAAUUAUGUGUAAUUUAUAUGCCAUUUUUCCAAGCGGUUUUUCAAACAGAGGCCUUAACUCAUUCAGAUAUAUUUUUGCUUGUCCUAUUGACAUCAUCGGUAUUUUGGAUUGACUCAUUUCGUAAAUAUUAUCAAAAACGAAAACGAGGAGAAGAACCGGUAGAAAAUAUUGAAAUGGUAUAGAAUGUUAUAGAAUGUUAUAGAAUAUAAUUGAUACAUAGAUACAUAUUACACACGAUAAGCAUGAUUAUUAAUUAUAAUUUUAAUAUUCAUAUUUCGGAUUAAACAAAAGCAAUAGCAAAAUAUUUAAUUUUUUUCUCCGAAUACUAUAUUAAUUACUUAUAAUGUAUAAUAUACAUACGAUAUUUCACA